AUAUCACAAAAGCCAGCAACUGUCCUAUGUAUUUGAACAUAAGGCGGCAGACAAGUUGAUGGUAGACUUCGCAGACACCAUGCGGUCACUCCGCCUUACGGGUAUGGCAGAUCGCUAUGCAGCCAUCAUGGACCUGCCAUUACACCAACAUCCUGGCGCUGAUAUUAUAUUGGCACAACUCAUUGAAGCCGAGUAUUUAUAUCGUAACAAUCGUAAAAUGCUCACUGCCGUCAAGAAUGCAAAGUUCAGAUAUCAGGCCACUCUCAAUGAUAUCAUCUGCACACCCGAAAGAAAUAUCACUAAAGAACUCCUAGCAUCUGUGGCAGAUUGUUCCUUUAUUGACCGCGGCGAAAACAUCAUCAUCACUGGAGCUACA